AUGGAGUCUAUUGCCAAAGAGUUUGAAAAAGUCAUUAAACGACAACGCACACUCAAGAACGAGUCGCAUACAACCAUAGAUGCACUUGUACAGCGACUCACAGAUGCCAAAGCGUUGGUAGCCUCAACUGCUCAGCAACCACAUCAGCAACAGUCUCAACUUGUUUAUAAGCACUUGCAAGCUCUGUCCAAGCCUGUUAAAGACCUGUCCACUAAACUAACCGAGGCACAUAAAGAUAUGCAGUCUGUCAUGUACAAAUACUCCAAAGUAGUCGAGAAACGCUUCAAGACAGACUUGGAUUCGAUCUGGGAUCCAAAGGCUUUCCAGGAAAAAGAGGAUAUCAUCUACCAGGCACUUGCUAUUCACUUUGUUCGCGAGGGCAGGUUUGAUAUGGCACAAGUGUUUGCUGACGAAGCUGGAUCGGUUCAGAUCCCAUCACAUCUCAAGUCAUUGUUUUUUGAAAUGUUUCAGAUCCAAGAAGCAUUGAGGAGUAAAGAUAUUACUCCUGCUAUCCAAUGGGCUACAAAACGACGUCCAGAUCUGGAGAAGCAAGGGUCGUUGCUGGAAUUUCAACUGCAUAAACUGCGAUUUAUACAGUUGCUGGUGUCGAUUGAGCCUCAUGCGGCAUUAGCAUAUGCAAAGGCCAACUUUCCCAUGUUUCCCCGACAUCUCAAAGAAAUCCAGCAACUCAUGUGCUCGAUUCUUUUUGUCAAUAAGCUAUCUCUUUCGCCAUAUGCAAGCCUGCUUAACCCUCAUCUUUGGACAGACAUUCAAACAACAUUUACUCGUGAUUUCUGUAUGCUGAUUGGACUUUCUUCAGACUCGCCAUUGUUUAUUGCUGUCACUGCAGGCACAACCGCUCUCCCCACCAUCAUUAAAAUGUCUUCUAUCAUGAAAGACAAGACUGGAUUAGAAUGGUCCCAACAGGGCGAACUUCCCGUUGAAAUCCCUUUGGUGGACGCAUACCGAUUCCAUUCCGUUUUCACAUGUCCAGUGUCCAAGGAGCCUGGAUCAGAAGAAAAUCCACCAAUGAUGAUGUUGUGUGGACAUACAGUAUGUAAGGAGACGUUGAUGCGGUUAAGCAAGAGCAAUACAAAUGUAAAGUUCAAGUGUCCAUACUGUCCCUCGGAAAGCACAGUUAGCCAAGCUAUCCGAGUUUAUUUUUGAGCAAGAUGGGACCAUGUGCAACCACUAUAGCUUUGCUCCAACUAUCCUUCAUCUCCAACUCGCCCAACCCCAAUACAGCUCACAACUGUGGAUACAAUAUCAAUAAACUGGUUGGUUUGAUU